CUUAUUUCUAUUGACGAGUUCGUGGAGGAGAAAUCGUCAUCUGAAUACCACGAGACCGAAGUUGAUCUUGCAUCCCUUAAUGUCAGCGAAAACAAAGUUAAACCUUCUGAUUUUGAAAUUAUUUCCGUUAUUGGCCAGGGUUCUUUUGGAAAGGUCUUUCUUGUAAAGAAAAUUAAUGGGAAGGACAGCCAAACGGUUUACGCAAUGAAAGUACUUAAAAAGGCUUUAAGGACCGAAUUCGGUCAAAAAUGGAGCCCAAAAUUCAACACCCAUUCAUUUUUCGAAAUUCUUAUCAUUACAUGUUUAGCCUUCCAGACUGAAGGAAAGAUCUACCUUAUUUUGGAAUUCGUAAAAGGAGGUGACCUGUUUUCUAGACUUUCUAAAGAGGUACUGAUGUUUACUGAACAGGAUGUUAUGUUCUAUCUGGCAGAAAUAGCCAUUGCACUCAACCACCUGCACGAGUUAGGAAUAGUUUAUCGGGAUUUAAAGCCUGAAAACAUUCUCCUAACCGAAGAAGGUCAUAUCAAGCUAACCGACUUUGGUCUCUCUAAAGAGGCCCUCAGUGAAGAAGCGGGAGCAAAAGCCUAUUCCUUCUGCGGAACAGUUGAGUACAUGGCACCUGAGGUCGUGAGUCGUCGGGGCCAUGGGCCAGCAGCUGAUUGGUGGAGCUUCGGUGUACUUAUGUACGAAAUGCUCACUGGUUCACUGCCCUUCCGUGGCGAAACCAGAAAAGAUACAAUGUACCAGAUCAUGAAGGCCAAACUUGAAAUGCCUCAGAUGCUCAGUGCCGGCGCUCAAAGUCUCCUGCGUGCUCUCUUCAAGCGAACGCCAGCUAAUCGUCUGGGUUAUGGGCCUAACGGAUUCAAGGAUUUGCAAGCACACGAAUUUUUCAAACCAAUCAACUGGACCGACCUAGUUAACCUCAAGGUCACGCCUCCAUUUAAACCAACCUGUAUGCUGGAUAAUCUUGCCUUUAACUUUGACAAAGAAUACACCACCAGAACACCGAAAGAUUCUCCCGCUGCCCCGCCAAGCGCUUCCGCCCAUGAACUGUUCCGGGGAUUUAGCUACGUUGCACCCUUCCUGUCUGACAAACAGCCUGAUCGGAUCAGCGGAGUCAAAUUUAAGGAUUUCACUGGUGACUACGAGCUUCUGGAUAAAAUCGGGACAGGCUCUUAUGCUACAGUUUACAAGUGCAAACAGACGUCCACCGGUGGCAUCUUUGCUGUCAAGGUUAUUGAUGAGACUGUCCAUGAUCCAACGGAGGAAGUGCAAAUUCUUCUACGUUUCAAAGGAAUAGCGAAUAUCGUAACCUUACGAGAGGUAAGCCUAUACUACCUCGAGGGAGGUGAACUCUUUGAUAAAAUCACGCGGCAGAAGUGUUUCUCCGAGAAAGAAGCUAGCUCUGUGCUGGAGGUCCUUGCCCGUACCAUUGAUACUCUCCACAAACAGCUGGUUGUCCACCGAGAUUUGAAACCAUCGAACAUCCUCUACGCGGAUUCAACGGGCUCCCCGGAGAGCAUUUGUAUCUGCGAUUUCGGCUUUGCCAAACAACUGAGGGCUGAAAACGGUCUCUUAAUGACACCCUGCUACACGGCCCAGUUUGCGGCUCCAGAAGUACUUAAAAUGCAAGGUUACCACAUGGCCUGCGACAUUUGGAGUCUGGGAAUUCUCUUGUAUGCAAUGCUGGCUGGACGAGUUCCCUUCGCCACGGGACCUAGCGACGCGCCCGAGGUCAUCCUUCGGCGAAUUGAAUUGGAACCACCGAAACUAACCGAAGCCAGCUGGAAUUCAGUCUCCGAUGAGGCCAAGGACCUAGUUCUCAGUAUGCUCAACGUUGACCCAAAGAAAAGACCCACCGCCUCUGAGAUUCUGCAGCAUCCGUGGAUAAAGGGCAGAAACUCCUUACCCACCCGCCCGCCUUCCAUCCUCCAACUGCCCGAUGCUCAGUCAGUAAAGGCAACAAUCGCAGGAUUCUUCAAGGCGUUAAAAACAAGUCCGCGAACCGAAUUGGAGCCAGUUGGAGCCUCUCUGCUGGCACAGAGACGCGGUAGACAAAAACCCUCCCCAAACACCGACGUCUAG